AUGGCGGACAGCAGCGCUAAAGCUGACAAAGAGGUAAAAUGUACCCUGAGUGACCCAGCGUUCGGCGGCGACAUGUUGUCGGUACUGAACGACCUGAGAGCCGAGAAAGUCCUGCUGGACGUGACGGUUGUUGCAGGGGAGGAAGAGUUCAGGGCGCACUCUACAGUCCUGGCCUACGGCAGCGACUACUUUCGGGGUUUGUUCGCAUCUGGUAUGAAGGAGAGUCAUGAGAAACGUGUGGAUCUGAAAGACCCCAGCGUGUCAGCUGAGGCGUUUGGUCUCCUAUUGGAGUUCCUGUACACCGGGCAGCUUGUGGUGUCCUCGAUGAGCGUGUACGAAGUUCUAGCAGUCGCCAACCAUCUGCAGGUUGCAGACCUGUACAACAUGAAGAACCUACAGGAGUCGCUAGAUGCCGUAGCUGCAGAAGAAUUCAUGGAAUUGACCAGCUCCGAGGGCUUCAUGAAGUCUGCUACCAAGGACGAGUUGAUCAAGCUCUUACUGUUUGAGAAUCUUGUGGUGCCAUCCGAACAGCAGGUGUAUGAGGCGGCCAUGCGAUGGCUGACACACGACGCCGGCCGGAUGGAGCAUGCAGCGGCGGUGCUCAGCCAUGUGCAGCUCGCCCUACUCGAUGUGGACGUCCUGUAUGGACAGUUGGAGACCGACUUUGGAGCAACACCAGAGGGGAGGAACCUCAUCCUGGAAGCGAUGGGCUAUCACGGCCUCUCUCCCGAGACCAGGCGAGGUUUAAACUGGCCACGGUCGAAGCCGAGGACACAAAAUAACAUUAAGACGUCGCUAGCUUUGGGUUCGACAGCUCAGAUCUUCACAGCGGAAGGAUGGAAGCAGAGCAGCGAUGUUUCGCUAGGAGACAGUGGGUCAACUGUCAUCGCAGCAGCUGUUGUUGGGAACGUGCUGUAUGUGCUGUUUUCAUCAUCUCCACAUUUCAAGUCCUUUGACCCAGCAACCAGCACCGUUAACACGCUAUCGUCACCUGAUGGAAUAUCGUCGUAUGGCACAAACAAAGGACAGAUGGUUGUUGUCGGAGCGAGAUUGUUCCUUGUAUGUUGUGGUGAAAAGAAAGCCUGGUGUUUCGACAUUACAGUGGGUCGGUGGACAAAAAUCCCGCCUGUAACCGUGAUCGAGGAUGGGGUGGCCCUGGCAAGCUGUCAGGGAGUUGUGCUUGCCGUCGGUGGUAAUCAACGAACCACGGGGCAAGACGGCAAUUAUACGGAUACGCCAGCUUCAACAGUCCAAACCUUCUUCCCGGCGAGGAGUUCGUGGGAGACGGUGUCGUCCACGAACCAACCCCAUGCGGAUGCAACUGCGAUGGUGCAAGGUGACACUGUCUACAUAGGGGGCGGUGUAACGGUCGUCAACGGUAAGAAAGUUGACAACACGACUGUCGAGAUGUGUAAGGUCUUCGUCAAGGAUGGCGUGGCUGUUUCAGCGUGGUCGGUGAUCCAUCAGCCCGCGUGCGUUCACAAGUUCGCCUCCCAGGUCGCCGUCUUCGACCGCAAGGCGUACUUCAUCCUCGGCGGACAGAUGCACUUCACCGGCAAGUUUGUUGACCAAGACCGCACGUCAGAGGAAGACGUAGAGGAGAUGUGUCAGGCGUUUCGGAAGGGUCUCCAAUCACGCUACGUUGUGUGCGUCACUUUGUCAUUAAAGGAGAAAAAAUGA